CCUUCUUUGGCAGUCGGGUAAAAAUGAGCACAUUUUCAAAUACCGUCGUGUAUGCCACUUACACUUCGAGGAAAAAUAUUUGUGUCGAAACAAUCGUCUCAGUCAUAUAGCUGUUCCCACUAAAAAUAUGCCAGGACUUGCAUCAAUAAUCACUCAAAGAGAACCUUUGAAGUGUAUUCAAAGAAAAGAGGCAGAACCGUCUACAUCUAAAGGACUUGAAUCAACAAUCACUCAAAGAGAACCUUUGAAGUGUAUUCAAAGAAAAGAGACAGAACCGUCUACAUCAAAAGAAACUGUGACUUCUCAUGCCCAGCUUUCUCAGGAUUUGACCCCACUGCUCCCAGUAUCAGCUGAUAAAAUUAUGCCUGCAAAUGUUGAAGUAAAAGAAAAUAUUGGUAGAUCCUAUUACUGUGUCGUCAUCUGUACAAUCUUCUGGAUCAAAAAUGUCCCACAUACAAAAUUUUUUACAAACAACUCACAUUAA